AUGGACACGCCUGAACCAUCUCUAAAGGCCCUGUUCAACCAAGCAAAGAAACAGCAAGAGGACUUGGAUAGCCUCGACCCUCGAAGCGCGACGUUCAAGCACUCGCUUCAAUCCAUCAUCGAUAACCUCGAACAAUGCCGCAAGUUGAUCCAAGAUCUCUCUUUGUUCAGCACGAAUGAAGAAGUGGAGGACAUCUCUACACAAGACCUGCAAUACCUGACGGUCGACUGUCUACUGGCAGAAGUCAAGAUCAAAGGAUAUGGUGAAAACAGGCAGUCAUCAUUACGGGAUGCCGCGGAGCUAUUCGAACAGUUUUUGACCCGGAUAGAUCAAUAUGGUCUACUGGGUGCCUCGGAUCGGGAGCUCUACGAACGCUACCUCGAGCAGCGCAGUUCAUUCCGAAUAGUCUCCUCUAACAGCCCUGAGGAGAAACGGAGGAUCAAGAUCUCCCGCUUCCAGGAAGAGAAGUCUUUGAAGCAGAGGCUCCAGUAUUUGAGAGAUGAAUCGAAGAAAUCAAACGUUGACGACGAGACCAUCAGGAGCCUGUACGUGGCCGAGAUCGCUUUCUUAGUCAACAAGGCGUUUUCAUCGCUGGACAUGAUAACACAGGAGCUGGAAAUCUUGUCUCAAAUGCGGCAUGCUGAGCCAGCCAGGCCAGGACCACCACCUCCAGACCAGAGAGCUCCUGUGAGACCGGAUUCUUAUUCGGAGCGUCUAGAUGGACCCGCCACAAUGGCAGGCCUCGGAAAGAGAGGAGGUCCUCUACUCAGCUCCAGUGGAAAACCUCUCCAGCCAUUCACUCUAACAGACAAGAGAACCCAACUGCGACAGGGCGUGUUUAGGCCAGGCCACAACCUCCCCACCAUGAGCAUCGACGAAUACCUCGAAGAAGAGCGGCGGAGAGGUGGCAUUAUCGACGGCGGAGGAAACGCUAACGCGCCUCAGCCCGAGCCCGAUGAGGACAAUAUGGAGCAAGUUGAUGCUGCCACAAUGAAGGCACGAGAGUGGGACGAGUUCGUCGAGGCCAAUCCAAAGGGAGCUGGAAACACGUUGAACCGGGGGUAG